AUGAUAUCCAUGUGGAAUAUCAGGGGGAUUAAUAACCCUCUUAAGCAGUCAGAAAUGGUUGCUUUGAUUAACAAGUUCAAGUUGAAGAUUGUUGGGAUUGUGGAGUCUAGAGUUAAUGAGAGUAAUUUUAAUAAGGUGUGGCUUAGUUUGUCUAAUAAAUUGCAGAAUUGGGAUAUCUACACUAACUAUGUCUGUUCUUAUAUAGGAAGAAUUUGGGUUGUCUAUAGCAAGGACUGUCUGAAUGUUAGGGUUAUCAAUACUCACAAGCAGGCUAUCCAUAUGAGGGUUCAUCUUGAUCAAAGAGUUUUGACUAUAUCUUUAAUCUAUGGCUCUUAUAUUUCUUCUGAGAGAGUAGAGCUUUUGGAUAAUCUUAAGAAUUUUGCUGAAAAUGUUGAUAGUAGCUGGAUGGUUGUUGGUGAUUUCAAUGCAGUUAUGAAUGACUCCAACAGAAUUGGGGGGAAUGCAAUUGAUGUUCAGGCUGCUGAGGAAUUUAUGGAUUGCAUUAGAUGCUGUAAUCUUAUUGAAAUGAGGAGAACUGGUAAUAAUCUUACUUGGUGCAAUAACCAAAUUUUUGUGGAGAGGAUAUGGAGGAUGUUAGACUGGUGCUUUUUCAAUGACAAGUGGUUUGAUGUGUGGCCUGAUGCUUUUAUGAAUGUCCUUUGUCCUGGUCUGUCUGAUCAUAGCCCUAUUGUGAGUGAAGACUCUAAGUCCAAUUCUAUUGUUAAUAGAGGCUGGCAUAGAGCUAGCUCUAGGUGCAAGAUGUAUAGAAUUGUGCAACAGCUCAAGUUGCUUAAAUCUGACUUCAGGGAGCUGAAUAAAGUCAGGAAUAAUGACAUAUCUCAGAAAGUUACUACCAUGAAAGACAUUGUUAACAGCUUGCAAAAAGACAUGAUGGAUGAUCCUUUUAAUUCUACUCUCCAUGAGGAAGAGAGGGUUUGCUCCAAGUAUUUACUGAAGUUCAUGGACUGGCAGGAAAAUAUUGUGAUACAGAAGUCUAGAAUGAACUGGAUUAAGCUUGGGGAUCAAAUAAGAAGUUUUUUCACAGAAGUGUGA